CUACACUACUGUGCGGCGUCUUUUGGAGAUAAAUUAACCCUAGUUUUUGUGUGAUGGCGGAAGAAGCUAACAGUGUUGAUGUGAAAGCUUCGACGAAGAAGGAUAUACGGAAUUACCUCUGCCAGUAUUGUGGAAUCAGCAGAUCUAAAAAGUACCUUAUCACUUCGCAUAUCCAAUCUCAUCAUCAGAUGGAACUUGAAGAGGAAAUAGUUGAUGAGGCUUGUGAGGUUGGGGAAGAGACUUCAAGUAAACAUACUUGCCAGGAAUGUGGUGCUGAGUUUAAGAAGCCUGCUCAUUUGAAGCAGCAUAUUCAGAGCCAUUCGCUCGAGAGACCUUUUGCGUGCUAUGUGGAUGAUUGUGCUGCUAGUUACAGAAGAAAGGAUCAUCUCAAUAGGCAUCUUCUUACCCAUAAAGGGAAGCUCUUUAAGUGCCCAAUGGAGAACUGCAAAAGUGAAUUCUCAGUACAGGGAAAUGUUGGUAGGCAUGUUAAGAAAUACCAUAGUAAUGAUGACAGUGCUAAGGACAAUACUGGCGAUCUUGAUAAGGACAAAUCUUGUUGUGGUGGUGGUGAUAAGAAAAAUAUUGGUAAUGGGGAUAGUGGUAAAGACAAUACCAGUAAUGGCAGUUCUCCACCCUCUGAAUGUUCAACUGGUCAGAAGCAGCACGUCUGCAAAGAAAUUGGUUGUGGGAAAGCUUUCAAGUAUGCUUCACAGUUGCAAAAGCACCAGGAUUCUCAUGUGAAAUUGGACUCUGUGGAGGCUUUUUGUUCUGAGCCUGGGUGUAUGAAGUACUUUACAAAUGAGGAAUGCCUUAAAGCACACAUAAGAUCCUGCCAUCAGCACAUCAACUGUGAGAUAUGUGGUUCUAAGCAUUUGAAAAAGAACAUCAAAAGACAUCUACGGACUCACGAGGAAGAUUCAACACCUGGAGAAUUCAAGUGUGAAGUUGAGGGUUGCUCUUCGACAUUCUCAAAGGCUUCUAAUCUUCAGAAACACGUGAAAGCAGUGCACAAGGAUAUCCGACCCUUUGUAUGCGGUUUUCCAGGUUGUGGCAUGAGAUUUGCUUACAAACAUGUCAGAAACAACCAUGAGAAUUCUGGGUGCCACAUAUAUACCUGUGGUGAUUUUGUUGAAACUGAUGAAGAUUUCACAUCAAGACCAAGAGGUGGACUAAAAAGGAAGCAAGUUACAGCAGAAAUGCUGGUAAGAAAGAGGGUCAUGCCUCCCCGGUUUGAUGCAGAAGAACACGAGACUUGCUAGUUGCUAGUAUCUUACAACCUGGAAAUCUAGUAGCACUACUAGGCAGGUGUUACGACUUACGUGUAAUUACCUUUUUUUUUUUUUUUUGUAGCGUCUGUAGAAGAAAAUAUAUAAAACAACAUAAUUAGUAAUGUAAAAUUUCAUUUGGAAAUCGAAUCUAUAUCUAUCUUUCUUACC